AUGAGAGCAGACCCAGCCAUCACUUUGUAUGCCAGCAUUAGGGCCGGGACACACCAACCUGAUAAUCGGCAGUCGGACGUCUUUGGACAGUCGGGGGCGGUCGGGGACUUGAAUCUGUUUGGUGUGUCCUGUGCCGUCGCCAGUCGGCAUCAGGGUGAUGACGCAAAACAAACUUCAGAGUUUCUCAGGAUUGUGCUGAUUGGGAAGACUGGAAGUGGAAAGAGCUCUUCAGGAAACACCAUUUUAGGAAUAAAGGAGUUUAAAGCUGAAUCAAGUCAAACAUCCAUCACAAAAUGGUGUCAGAAAGAACAAUGUGAAGUGGAUGGUCGUUCAGUUGUUGUAGUCGAUACUCCUGGACUGUUUGACAAUAGUUUGUCAAAGGAGGAAGUCGUUGAGGAGUUGGUAAAGUGUAUCGGCCUUGUGUCUCCUGGACCACAUGUGUUCCUGCUAGUGUUACAGAUUGGCCGAUUCACACCAGAAGAGAAGAAAACAUUACAACUAAUCAAGGAAAUAUUUGGAAAGAAUUCUGAAAUAUUCACCUUCAUUCUUUUCACAAGAGGAGAUACACUUCAGUAUGAGGGACUGACUAUUGACGAUUACAUUGAUACAAAAUGUGAUGAUUCCUGCAAAAAGCUUAUUGCUGACUGUGGACGGCGAUGCCAUGUGUUUAAUAACUAUGAUAAAGAGAACCGUAAGCAAGUGAGUGAGCUGAUAGCCAAGAUUGAGACAAUGGUGAAGAACAAUGGAGGCAGCUGCUACAGCAAUGAGAUGUUCCAGGAGGCUGAGGCUGCAAUACAGAAGAAAAUGGAGAAGAUCUUAGAAGAAAAGGAAAAACAGAUGCAGAAAGAGAGAGAGGAACUUGAAAGGAAACAUCUGGAGGAGCUGGAAGCAAUGGUAACAAGACUCGAGGAACAGAGUCCUGGCCCCCAUGAUCCAGAGGCCCCCGACCCCCACACCAGACUGGCUGUCUAUCUAGAUGUAAUAAUGGGAUAA